UGAUGGCUCCCACUCCCCUUCACCCCCUUCCACAGCUGCAGCCAUCUAUUUACCUGCAUCCUCUACCUGCACGACGUGGAGGCUCCCACCAGACACCGAUGUCUUGACAGCGGAACUCUAUGCCCUUCAGCAAGCCCUCAACCACCUCACCACACUCUCCUCUACAGGCUCAGCAGUUAUUUAUACUGACUCCCUCUCCUCCCUGCACCUCCUUCAAUCCCGCCAUCCAACCUCAUCCACCUUCCUCGUUCACUCCAUCCAGCGGACGCUGCUACAGCUUCCCACUAUGGGUUGGGGGGUAACCCUACAGUGGGUUCCAUCCCACUCAGGCAUCCGAGGAAACGAGGUUGCCGAUGCUGCGGCCAAGAUGGGCUUGUCGGAGGUAAACAUCACUCCGCUCCCUCUCCCUCUCGCCACCGCCAAGCGCAUUAUCUCCAGAAAAUGUCACUCCACCUGGGACACCUCCCUCAACACUGCUCUCCUCACCACUUCUCUGGGCCAGUACAGGUGUAAUUCCUCCCCACAACCCUGGAUGCGACAGCAGUCCCGUGCACUAGACGUCGCCCUCACCCGUCUCCGCCUGGGCCUCACCAGACUCACUGCUCACCUGCAUCGCCUGCAUCUGUCCCCUGACCCAUACUGCCCAUGGUGCAGGACUGUACCUGAAACCAUCGAAAACUUCCUUCUCCACUGCCCACGCUUUCACUCUCACCGUGUUGUGCUACGUUCCCGACUCCUUGCCCUGGACGUGGCAACAUUCGACCUGCCCACCCUGCUGGCGGCAGCAGGCGUUCACCCGUCACGGCAACCCACUGUCAUCCGCCUCACCUGUGCCUUCCUCAAAAAGAUUGAUCAGCUGUCACGCCUGUGAUAACAUCACGGGCCUCCUCCAGGGCUCAUAGGAUCCAGCAGAUCUUCACGGCCCUCAACACGAAGAAGAAGAGAGGCGAUCAGCUGUGCCAAAUUACCUUUCUGCUGUCAUGGUGUGUAUGGGAGAACGCCGAUCCAAAGGUUACACCGACAGCAAGUGCUGGGUGACUCCCAACUCAAGCUCAAGCUCAAGCAGGAUGCCUAGGUCAUGCUGUGUCCCUGGAUGCAAGGCAAACUAUAGUUCGUCAGAUGCGUCGGCAUUCCACUUCCCUAAGGAUGAAGCACGACGGCUGCAGUGGGUGAAGGCCAUCCACAGAGAAGACUUCACGCCAAACCAGAACUCGGUGGUCUGUGCCAGACAUUUUGAGGAUCAUUUUAUAAUCAGAGAAGACAGCAUGACACGCCCAGAUGGCACAGUAAUUACAGCUAAGAGAGGAAAGCCAACUCUGACAAAGGAUGCCUACCCAACAAUAUUUCCUAACCACCCACAAUAUAUGUCUAAGAAAGCACCACCUGCUCGGGUAAAUCCACAAGUAAGAAAAGAUAAGGCAUUAGAAAGAGAUGAACUGCAGUUUCAGGACUGGAUGAAAGAUGACAUGAUAAAUACCUUUAGUGAUUUUUGUGAUAAUUUUGUUCCCAAGGUAUCUAAAGAUUAGUUGCUUGUUUCUACUUAGGAUUUUGUGUCAUUUAUGAAAAUAUGUUGUGAUGACCAGCCAAUGAUUAAGACAUCUUUUAAAGUGAUGAAAGACUUAAAGGUACAGAUCUGGUAUGAAAACACAAAAUUAGAAUCAAGAAAAUUCAAAUGGCUUUUAGGUUCAGAAAAAAAAUGUGAUCGAUGGUCAAAAUUUGAUAAUUUGAUAAGCCAUAUGAGUUCUUACUCAGAAUCAGCUAUCAGCUAUGUUGAUAAACUUUCUCAGUGUAUUGAAGCUAUAAACCAAAUUCUGGAAAAAGACUGUGAAUCAGAAAAUAACAGAUAUUCAAAAAGUGAAGUGUUGUGGUUCUGUGGUGAACAGCUAAGUAUGUUAUGUAAAGAUAAAAUGAGAUACAGUUGUGAGUUUCUGAUUUGGGCUUAUAGUGUAUAUUUGUCUAGCCCAUCACUGUACACAGACCUGCAUGAUAGUAAAUUUAUCAUUCUCCCUCACCCUAACUAUCUAAGAAAACAAUGUAAGUGGUGCAAAUUCAGUGGUUACAGAAAAUUCCCAUGAGCUCUUUUUGAGGGAAAAUGUAACAAACCUACAAAGUGAAGAAAAACUAGUAAAUUUGGUGCUUCAUGAAAUACAUGUUAAAAAAAAUCUCACAUAUAAGGGUGGUAGACUUUAUGGUGCCACAAUGAACUCAUGCAAACCAGCAACAACAAUUCAGGCAUUUAUGAUCUCUUCCCUCUUGUCUAAAACCAAGCAUAUUGCUGCACUUUACUCACUUUGCCAUCUGACAGCAGAUACACUUUUUGAUCUGACAAUCAAAGUUUUGGUUUUCCUCCAUGACAGGUUACAAAGUAGUAUCAUUAAUAUCUGACAAUAACAGGAUUAACAGAAAUAUGUUUGAGUUACAAAGUAGUAUCAUUAAUAUCUGACAAUAACAGGAUUAACAGAAAUAUGUUUGAGAGGUUGUGUGGGGGAAGUCUUAUCUCCUCCAUACCACAUCCCUGUGAUUCAAGUAUGCCACUUUUCUUACUUUUUGAUUCAGUUCAUUUAUUGAAGUGCAUAAGGAAUAAUUGGUUGAAUCAGAGAAAUCCUAUCCAAAGUUUUGUCAUACAUUCACCAUCUGACUUUCAAAAUCAAUAUGAAGCAAAACUUCUGCCACUAAAGCAGCUAUGCAUAAAGGAACACAGUCAGUGUGUUAAACUAGCUCCAGGUUUGUCUGAGAAGGUGCUUUUCCCUACUAAUUUAGAAAGGCAAAAUGUGCAGUUAGUUGUAAGAUUAUUUGAUGACAAAAAUGUUGCAGCACUGAAAAUAAUGAAUAAUUCUGAUGAAUCAGGUACUGUUGCUUUCUUGGAACAAAUAAUAUCAUGGUGGCAGAUAGUAAAUGUGAAAACUCCAGACAAAGGUGUUCACCUUCAGGAAAAAUUUAACUCUAUUAGGCAGCAUUCCUCAGUUGACCAAAAUCUGUUAUUUUUAAGUAAUUUUGAUCAGUGGCUUAAGGCCUGGGAAGAGUUGGAGGUUCAGAAGGAAAGGUCAGGUAAAUUAUCAAGAGAGACAUGUUUUGCUCUUAGACACACUACAUCAACACUGAUAAAAUUGUGUGACUAUCUGCUGCAACACCAGAAUUUUCAGUAUGUGCUACUUGGAAAAUUCCAAACAGACAAUCUGGAGUAUAGGUUCUCACAGUAUAGGAAGAUGAGUGGGACUAAUUACAAUGUGUGUGUGGCUCAAGUAAUGGAAUCUGAAAAGAAACUGAAAGUCAUGAAUGUUCUGUCCAUGGCUAAAGGCAAGUGUGGACCAUUAUCUCUAAGUAAUUUAAGUUUCUCCAAGUGUGAGCCUGACUCCCACAGUGGUUGUGAUGAGUACAUGGAAAAGUUCAAGGGAGUUGAGGAAUAUUUGGAAGAGAAAAGCUUGACAAAAGAUGAUGAAAAUGCAAUGGUUUUCAUUGCUGGCUAUGUUGCACACAGUAUUAAGAAAAAGUUAGUGUCAAGUAUGUGUUAGUAGGGUCUCUCUUGAUGAAAAACUUGAAGGUGAUGUUCCUGAUAACUGUCAGUAUCUCAAAAUCCUUGAUCGAGGUGGCUUGAAGUGGCCAACAGAUUUUACACUUUCAGUCUGCAGAUCUGCCUACCAAAUGUUUGAGGCCCUUAUUGGCAACUUCAAGACAACUUUUAUACAGUGCAACAAUCAAAGAGAAAUUCUUGUUCAGUUAGCAUUAAAUGUUCAGGAAAAUUCUUUUGAUAUGAGUGAGUGUUGCCCCUGCAAAGCAUUAGUGGAGAAACUACUGAGGAUGUGUAUCUGGCCAAUAGCAAAUAUUUUAUUAAAUAAUUUCUCAAAGACCUACAAUAAUACAAUAAUUCAGAAAAAAAAAAAAAAACUCAACACUUGAACACUGAGGCACAACGCAGUGACUGAGGCCAGUAUACUGAUAAACAGUUUUAUUGUGAAAUUUAUUCAACAAAUAUUUUUGUAUGUAGUGUGCAAUAAUUCAGGAUAGCUAUAAAAGAAAACUGUCAACACUUGAACACUAAGGCCAGUAUACUGCUAAAGGGCAACCAACAUUUCUAUGCUGACAUUUAUUCAAUAAAUAUUUUUGUAGUGUGGAAUAAUUCAGGAUUGUAAAAAACAGAAAACUGUCAACACUUGAACACUGAGGCCAGUAUACUGUUAAAAGGCAACCAACAUUUCUAUGCUGACAUUUAUUCAAUAAACAUUUUUGUAGUGUGCAAUAAUUCAUGAUUGUAAAAAACAGAAAACUGUCAACACUUGAACACUGAGGUCAGUAUACUGAUAAAGGGCAACCAACAUUUCUAUGCUGAAAUCUAUUUAAUAAAUAUUUUUUUGUA